CAGCUGAGUGAUGAGUUCGAAGACUUGACCCCGCCUCUAAACACAGAAACAAAGAUGAGGUCAUUAUCUCAUCCUCCAACCUCGUUCAUGUUCACACAAUUUUAGUUUUUAGGACUCUCUCUCUCUCUACAACCUCCAACAUUGUUGUUAACGUUGAUCCAACAAAUCUUAACCGUCCGCGGCGCCUACCCCAACAAUUCAAAAUUUUGAUUAUAGUUGGCAUUUGGCAGAGCAAGAAGAAAUUUUUGGCACUGACACUGGUUUCUGGGUUUGUUCAUUAUGGCUUGGAGGAAUCUGGGAUCCCUUUGUUCUUUUUGGAAUUUCCGGAGUAUCUUUCAGAGCAGAACCACAGAAAUUGAACUGGGAACUCACACAAUCAAAUCUCAUGGAGCUGCACUUGCAAAGAAUCACAUGCAUGAUUGGCUUAUACUGCUGCUUCUUGCAGUUAUAGAGGUCAUCUUGUUCAUCAUUCAACCCUUCCACCGUUUUGUGGGAAAGGACAUGAUGACAGACCUUAGAUAUCCCAUGAAAGGGAACACAGUGCCUGUGUGGGCUGUCCCUAUGUAUGCAGUUUUGUUGCCUAUUGCCGUUUUCGUUUUGUUCUAUGCACGUAGGAAAGAUGUCUAUGAUCUGCACCACAGCACUCUAGGCCUCUUAUUUGCUGUGUUGAUUACUGGGGUUGUCACGGAUGCAAUAAAAAAUGCAGUUGGCCGGCCUCGACCAGAUUUCUUUUGGCGUUGCUUUCCUGAUGGAAAAGAUGAUUAUGAUCAGUGGGGAGGUGUACGGUGCCAUGGUAAGGCUAGUGACAUAAAGGAAGGACAUAAGAGUUUCCCAAGCGGUCAUGCUUCAUGGUCCUUUGCAGGUUUAGGCUUUCUCUCAUUGUACUUAUGUGGAAAGAUUAAAGCAUUUGAUCGGAAAGGGCACGUGGCAAAAUUGUGCAUUGUCUUCCUUCCUCUACUUGCUGCAUCUCUUGUUGGCAUUUCUAGAGUAGAUGACUAUUGGCAUCAUUGGCAGGACGUGUUUGCCGGAGGCCUUUUAGGACUUGUUGUGGCUGCAUUUUGUUACCGGCAAUUCUUCCCUUCCCCUUAUAAUGAUGAAGGAUGGGGUCCUUAUGCAUAUUUCAAAGCAUUGGAGGAGAUGCGGAGCAAUACACAUGCGGCCAGUCCUGUGAAUGCACUCAGUGUGCAGGUGAUGGGGGCUCAGAAUGUGAAUGAACGACAUAGGCAAAAUGGCGAUGAAUUUGCCGCAUUCUCUGCAGACCGCUAUACAAGCAUUAGGCUGGAUGAAAUGGAAUCAGGGGAGAGGUGAUAUUUUGUACAUGUUGCUUUGUUUAGGUCCGCGUAUUGCUUGCUUGGAAUAUGUAGAUACCAGUUGAAAGACAAACAGUGUAGACUAGAAGUUUGUUUUAGAACCAUAUACAGAGCUUAGUUUGAUAUUGAUAGUUCUGUGAAUCCAUUCUGUUGAAAGACAAACAGUGUAGCCUAGAAGUUUGUUUUAGAACCAUAUACAGAGCUUAGUUUGAUAUUGAUAGUUCUGUGAAUCCAUUC